UAUCUCGUGAUGAUACUGUAGCAAUGUGUCUUUUGUAAACAAAGCGCAUACUGUGAUAUUGCUGAUGCAAUCGGAAUUGCAACAUUGUAGCACUUUCAACGCACACGAACGCAAAGUGAUUUACCGGAAACAAAUUUCUCUAUAAGACUUCUAAUAAAGCAUCGUACGAUAAAACGGCAGACCCAUGUCCAAGGCGGACAUAUUGAAGGGCAAAAUGCCCAUUACCAUGUUGCAGGAGAUGUGCUUCAAGGUGAAAAGUACCCUGCCGAUCUAUCAGUUUCUGGGCGAAGAAUGUUCACCCCACAGUGUCAAUGUGAAGCUGUUCACCUACAUGGUGACGGCCCUGGGAAAGCAGGCUACGGGUGUUGGUAGAUCGAAGCAGGAAGCCAAACACGAAUCCGCCUGGCAACUGAUCCGGUUGACACUGGAGCUACCGGCCGGCGAGGAAGACGAGAUGGUUGCGACCGCCGCCGAGGAGCGUGGAUCGCUGGCGGCCCUAGAGAUUGGCACCGAUCGCGUCAAUCAGGUUCGAGACAUCUGCAUUCAGCGUAAUUUCCCGUUGCCCGAAAUCGUGCAGGUGCGCAGCUACGGCCCGUCUCAUGCGCCGGUAUUCGAGUUCGAGUGCCGCAUCCGGGAGAUUGUACGACGCGGGGCGCACUCCACCAAAAAGGGAGCCAAGCAGAUUGCCUGCCAAGAGAUGAUUAAAACACUGCAAUCGAUGCCGGUUGAGGAGCACAGCAUGCAGGUGCUUUCUCUCGAUCAGGCUAUUGAAGAAGCGGAGGACAACAACGAGAAUGUGAUAAGAACGUACCGCGAGUACACCCAAUCGGACAAUAAGAAAAAACUUGGCGUUUCCAUUGCGGACAGGCAUUCGUUUUUCCUCGAGCUGCCCCAGGAACGAAUCGACGAGGCCCGCCAGCUCCUGCUGAAUGAGAAUGAAACGGUGCGCGAAAAGUGUUACAAGAUUGCAACGGCGCUCGGGCUGAAGGCUAAAAUCACGAUCGCCAACAGCAAUAUGCAAACGAUCAAGGGCAGCACCAUGAGUACCUUCGAAUUGGUAAACCCGGACUAUGACUGCUUCAUCUUCGGCGAGGGCGAAUUAUUCUACAGCAAUGUGGUUGAUUAUUUUGUUCGAAUGCUCAAUUGUAAGUAAGAGCAUACCGACCGAGACGAGACUUGAUUGCCCGAUCCAUAGCUAUUCUAGUCGAACGCACUCCGAUGGAGAUUCAAUGCCAAAGCUGUCCAAAUUGUGCAUCAUGCGACUAACGGUCACUGUGCAGGCAAAUGGUAUUGCUCCGCUCCUGUCGAUACUCAACUCCUCUCACGUACAGUCCUCACUCGAGAUUGAUGCGUCAGACUCCUAAGGGAGGCGAAACAGCGAAGACUACUUGGAUGUCCCUUAUUGUGAGGCAGGGAGCGAUGCGGAGAUACGGCAUUCUCCUAAGCACGCGUGUUGUACGCCCCAAACCACAAACCUACGUACACACACACACCAUCCGGUAUGAAAGUGUCUUCAAACGCUGUGCCCCCUUAACAAUCGGAGUCCGCACUCUCGUAAACAUAAACUGAGAUGGAACUAGUGAUAGUCGGAACCCGCCUGCGAUAUUGUUGCAGUCAUUCGAAGCUGCCUGAAGCCAUCGCAGCCCCGUCAGUUAUAACGGUUCCGAUGGUUUCAGGUUGGUCCGAACGGCUCCAACAGCUCCGACGGUUGUGACGGUACGAUUCCAAACCCCUAUCAUUAGACGAAACGACAGUGUGUAGCGCGUAAGCCGAAUUCGAACUCGAGUUCUGAGAGUGUGAAUGGAUAAUGUUUCGUUUGGAGUAAACAGAAUGAAUAUAUAUUUUUUAAUUAUAUUUUUUCUAUAACUUCUAGGCGCUGUGUUCUGAAAGCAAUCUCAUGUUUGCUGACGCACCGAUGGAACAGUUGCGAUUUAUUAACAUGGACGACAUAUCGCAAAUCAUUUCCGGCGAGCUAAAGCGCAACACAAACAGCGACAAAGCUGGGGAAGGAAAGAAAAUUCCUCGCUUGACCUAAAUGUGCUUCGCAUUUCAAUGCCGACGUUUCGGUGCCUUAUUUUCAUGGAAAAUCUGUGUACUAAGAAUAUGUUAACGUUACCGUUUUUUUUUUAACUGUUUUUCAAAAAUACGUAUGCAUUAAGUGCAUUAACACGAAUAACCAACGUGUUAACAGCUAGGAGUAAGAUUACGGGAAACAAACUGAAACAAGCUUUCGAACUGCUGUUUGGAAUUCGUCCAAUAACGCUUUAGCAGUGCCUAAAAAAGGACUGAAUGCACUGAUAAUAUUUGAAUUGUUAAGGGAACUGCUGCUGUAUUACAAAUUUACUUUAUUGUUUGUUAUUUGUUAUGACAUUCUGAGCAAACUUGGCAUGCCUGAAUGCUUCCAAAAUCAUGAAAUAUGCUUAUAUUUGGACUGAACGUACUGAGAAUAUUUGAAUUGUUAAUGGAACUGUAAUAAGUUACAGUAACUGCUCGUCAUGAAGUUGUAAGAACUGAAAACACAUCAAAAGAAUUCAUCAGACCGAGUUACACA